AUGACGACGAUAUCCUACCGGUCGAUAGAGUUGCUGCAAGGUCAAAGGGCGAAUACCACGGCCAUAUCAUUUAAAUGCAACCGAUGUAGGUUACUCAACGUCAUCAUAAGGGCCUCUGAUGGGAAUAUAUAUAACUUAGACAGUUCUAGGUACAGGAUGAGGGAAUACAGAGACAAGGAAGGAAAAUUAAAACAGAGUCUAGAAAUAGAGGUGGAAGGGAUGAAACCGCAAGACUUCGGCGAUUAUUUCGCUGUUAUACAAAAUGGUGAAGGUCUCGAAGAGAGAGUCAAAGUGUUAAGUGUACUGAGUAAGUAG